AUGCUCCUGCUGCAUGGGACAGCCGACCCAGUAGUAUCCUUUGAUCAGUCUUUGGCACUGGCUGGGGCCUUGGAGAACUCGAGUGUGGUCCAUCUACUGAUGCUGGCAGCUCGGCAAUCGCAUGGCUGCUGGGGAGUGCCUGGUGGCAUUUGCAUCCAGUGGUUGUUGUUUGCUUCGGAGCGCUUUUUUGCAUGGACGUUCGCCCACCAAACGUAA